GGGCGUGGCCUGUGUAUGAGGUUCGAGCGCGGCGUGUGCGUGGCUCAGUCAGACAUCAUGGCUCAGCUGGUCGAGUGUGUCCCCAACUUCUCCGAGGGUCGAAGCCGAGAGGUGAUCGACGCCAUCUCGGCCGCCAUCUCGUCCACCAGCGGCUGCAGCCUGCUGGACGUGGACCCCGGGGCCUCCACCAACCGGACCGUCUACACCUUCGUGGGCUCUCCGGAGGCCGUGGUGGAGGCAGCGCUGAGCGCCGCCCGCCAGGCCUUCAGCCUCAUCGACAUGAGCCGACACUCAGGUGAGCACCCUCGAACCGGAGCGCUGGACGUCUGUCCCUUCAUCCCCGUCCAGAACGUCACCAUGGACGACUGUGUCCACUGCGCCAACGUGUUCGGACAGAAACUGGCAGAAAUGCUGCACGUCCCCGUUUUUCUCUAUGGAGAAGCAGCGAGACGAGAGACGAGGAGGAGUCUCCCGGCGGUCAGAGCUGGAGAGUAUGAGGCGUUGGCUGAGAAGUUGACGCGUGACGAAUGGGCCCCCGACUUCGGCCCCGCGGACUUCGUCCCGUCGUGGGGGGCCACGGUCACCGGCGCCCGCAGGUUCCUCAUCGCAUACAACGUGAACCUGAUUGCCACCAAAGAACAGGCUCAUCGCAUCGCUCUGGACAUCAGGGAGCAGGGCCGGGGGAAGGACCAGCCCGGGCGUCUGAGGAAGCUGCAGGCGAUGGGCUGGUACCUGGACGAGGCCCACGUGGCUCAGGUGUCCACCAACAUCCUGGACUACGAGCUGACGCCGCUGCACAGCGUGUUCCAGGAGGUCUGCAGCGACGCAGAGGCCCUGAAGCUGCCGGUGGUUGGCUCUCAGAUCGUCGGCCUCCUCCCUCUGAAAACGCUGCUGGACUCCGCCCACUUCUUCAUCCAGAGGGACGGACUCUUCGUCUUGGAGGAGGAGCACAAAGUCCGCCUGGUGAUCAGCAAACUGGGCCUCGACUCUCUGGGUCCGUUCAACCCGAAGGAGAGAAUCAUCGAGUACAUGGUGAGGUCAGAGGUCGACGCCCCCCUCACGUCUCUGUCUCUGCAGCAGUUUGUUCAGAAGGUCGCAGCUCGGACGCCGGCUCCUGGCGGAGGAUCAGUCUCUGCCGCUGUCGCUGCUCUGGGGGCGGCGCUGGCAGCCAUGGUGGGUCAGAUGACGUACGGGAAGAGGCAGUUCCAGAACAUGGACGCUGUGAUGAGGAGGCUGAUCCCCCCGUUCCACCAGGCGUCCAACGAGCUGCUGCUCAUGGUCGACCACGACGCCACCGCCUUCAACUGCUACAUGGCGGCGCUGAAGAUGCCGAAGACGACGAAAGAAGAAAUUCAAAGGAGACACGCAGCGAUGCAGGACGGUCUCCAGCGAGCCGUCAGCGUCCCCUUAGCUCUGGCUGAGCGGGUCAACGUCCUCUGGACGCCGCUGAAGGAAAUGGUUGUCUACGGAAACAUCGCCUGCAAGUCUGACGCUCAGGUGGCAGCCAAAGCUCUGGAGGCGGCGGUGUUUGGGGCGUACUACAACGUGAUGAUCAACCUGCGUGACAUCACAGACGAGACGUUCACAGCCGCUACUCACCAGAGAGCGUCGGCGCUGCUGCAGGAGGCCAAGGACGCUGCCGCCGCCGUGCUGCACGCCGCUGCCGACAGAAAGUGACGUCAGGACGAAGACGAGAAGCAGCUGUACUGAUUUAGUUCCAAGUUACUUUCAACGUUAGUGGUGUGACGUCGUCUCGUAUCCUCAUGAUCAACGAGACGAGCUGAUGAUGUCACACAGUAGUGAUGAUGAGGUCAUCUGUAAUCACUUGAGCUCAUUGUAUGAAUCACAGAUCAUUGGAGUUUAUUGUCUGAAAUGAAAUCAUCAUAAAAGAUAAAUAAUGAUGAUCUUAAUGCCACAAAUAAUAAAAAGACAAUCCACAA